AUGUCCGAGACACAAGCUCCCUCUGACGCCAAAGUAGGUUGGAACCAGCUGUUAAGCAACAACGGCGCUCCCUAUCGCGUCAAGGCCUCUGACUACGACAUUGCCGACAAGCCCGCUGAUUCUGCGGAUGAGUCCGGUCCAAACUUCGAGAACGUCAAGGUCUACUGGACUGUAGGCAGCGAGGGAGUCACCUCUCGGGAUGUCCAGUACGAGACUGGCAUCACCUGGUACAAACUCGACUGGGCAGAGUUGCGGUCUCCUUUCACCUACAAAUUGACCAUUGUCGCCCAGGAUACCUACAACUACGUCUUCUACGACGAGACGGGCGAUGGUUAUACUCUUGGUGUUUGGCAAGGUGCUCGCACCCACAAUGUUGAAUACGGAUCUCGAAAGCCCACUAUCGUCAGCAUCUCGGGCCCUUAG